AUGUAUAAUCUUGGCUGGGGACUUGCAGUGAGCAAUGCACUGGCCUCCAAUGUGCUCCAACAGGGGAAAGAAUGGAACUCCUGCAAGACAGUAAAAUGGACUGAUUCCCCACAGAACGCUGCAGGUAAAACUUCAAUCACUGACAAUAGAACCCAGGGAGUAUUUUCUGUGACGAGGAGGCUGGAGAAGGGGGGUGUAGACAGGUACUGGUGUUACACUUUUGUGACAGAUACAUCAAGUCUGUCAACAGAAAGUGCCUUUACUGGCUUGGUGGGAGGAUCUGUCAGUGUCCCCUGCCACUAUGACGUGAAGUACAGAGACCAUGUGAAGUACUGGUGUAAAGGCUAUCAAUGGACAUAUUGUGACAUUUUGAAACAAACCGACUCUCCCCAUACUGCUAGUGAUAAAAUAUCAAUCAGUGAUGAUAGAACUGGAGGAGUGUUCAUUGUAACUAUGAGAAGACUGGAGAAGAAGGAUGCAGCCUGGUACUGGUGUGCUAUCAAACUGGGAGGCACAAAAGAAAAUGAUCAAUACUUGUAUCUGUACCUAACAGUUACGGAGGAUACAUCAAGUCUGUCAACAGAAAGUGCCUUUACUGGCUUGGUGGGAGGAUCUGUCAGUGUCCCCUGCCACUAUGACGUGAAGUACAGAGACCAUGUGAAGUACUGGUGUAAAGGCUAUCAAUGGACAUAUUGUGACAUUUUGAAACAAACCGACUCUCCCCAUACUGCUAGUGAUAAAAUAUCAAUCAGUGAUGAUAGAACUGGAGGAGUGUUCAUUGUAACUAUGAGAAGACUGGAGAAGAAGGAUGCAGCCUGGUACUGGUGUGCUAUCAAACUGGGAGGCACAAAAGAAAAUGAUCAAUACUUUUAUCUGUACCUAACAGUUACGGAGGGAACCCCUGCCCUGUCUGUCAUAAGUAACUUGAUAACGGGAAGUGAAGGAGGAUCAGCCAGUGUCUCCUGUCAAUAUGCUCAGUCCUACACAAUGCAUGUAAAAUACUUGUGCAGAGGGAGAAAAUGGGACUCUUGUAAGAGACUAAUACAAACUGACACUCCCCAGACAGGAGAAGAGAAGGUAUCAAUCAGUGAUGAUCAUGCUAAGCUCCCCAGAUUCUUUACUGUGACAGUGAGGAGGCUGGAGAAGAAGGAUGCAGGCUGGUACUGGUGUGCUGUACAGAAAGGAGGGGCUGCUGAAAAGAUUCCACUGUACCUCACAGUUACUGAUGAUGAAUCAACCACCAAACUGAAAACAUGGACCCAAAAUACAACCGCCAUACCGCCAGAUAAUACCCCAGGAAAGACCACUGGAUCCAUUACACAAAGACCCGAAACUACCAGCAGGGUACUUGGUUUGUGUACUCGUGACACGCUCUUUGGAAAUUUGUUGAGGGCAAACAAUUUAAAUCAUUUCAUUUUCUUUUUAGGUAAAGUGAGAAAGGUGUCUCAGCAAGAGAAUGUUGACCAGAGAGUGGACAGCUCCACUCCUACAGGACAACUUGCGGGGGAAAAAAUCACCUACACUGCCGUGUUGUUUCAGAAGAAAAAGCAAACCACGAGAAAAGAAAAGCCCUAUCAGAUACCUGGAGAGGCCACUAUGUACGCCACACUGGCAUUCCAGAAAAGGGAUUCACCUGCAGGAGAUACGCCUUCUGACGCUGCCUCCCCUCUCUAUGCAGCUGUUGUUAAAAGACCCAACCGCCCCUGAGAAGUGCUUCCAGACUGUCUUGCAUCAAUAAACCUGUACAAUGCUAACUUGAUAAUACAAAAAAGAUGAAAACUGAUAAUCCACACAUUCUAGGACUUACACACUUGUGGAAUUUAAAACAGAAUUGCAAAUGGCGGCAACAUUUUAAAAAAUUGCCUAAACACACAAAAAACCCAGAAAAAUAUGGCAAUGACCAUAAGUAUUUCGUUUUGGAAAACUGCAAAGGAAAGAAAGUACAAAUGUGGAAAUACUGUCAAGUAACAGUGUGACAGAAAAAAAAAUGUCCAAGCAUUCUGGAAAUAAACCGAAAACAAUAACUUCAUACAGUAUAUAAAAAGCGAAAGCCCCGGGGGGGGGGGG